CAGAACAGCUAAGGUACAGAGGAGACAACAUUGCCUGGGCUUUCAGAGGACGCAUAUCUAGGAGCAUCACAAGGUUAUAGUGAGGACAUUUUUCUUGAUAUGCCGCUGUAAAUAUACUUCAGAAAUCAUGAAUGGGGAAAGUCAGCAAAGACGUUACUCCAAAAGCUUGGUCCUGGAGGAUUCAGAAAGAGGAGGAGUUGUCAUCACUGGAAUCACAGACCCGAGUGUCACUGAUAGGAUUGGCUUAAAAGAAGACAAUGAGAUUGUUGCGGUCACCAUCAAUCUGAAUCACCUCAGUAAAGAGGACAGGGUGAAAUUACUCAAGAUCAUGGAGCCUUACAAUGACAACAUGAGAGUUAUGAAAAAGCAGGAUCUGAAAGCCAGCGCCAGUCUCGGAUCAUUGGAUGGUGGCCUCAAAGAUCCUGGGGAUAUGUUCAAGGAUACCUACAGCAGAAUGCAGCAAUCAGUUGAGGCACCAACUAUCGAGGUCAAUCGCCUCAGUGGACAAUUAAAUGCUGAAGGGGGGUUGAAGAGUGAAAUCAAUGGUCCCACUUUGAAUGGGGAAUUGCCCAAUGUGACAUUGGACACACCUGGAACUGAUGGUGAUGCAAAGUUCACAAUGCCCACCAUUGGAAUAUCUAGGCCUAUAAUGAAAGGAGCAGAUCUCGAUGGCACCCUCAGAUGCCUUGAAGACAGUCUAUUAAUACUAAAGCUCCGCACUCCAGAUGCCUCACUUGACUUGGAGAAACCAGAGGUUAAGACAAAUGCAUAUAAGUACAAGGAGUCAAAAUUAAAAAUGCCUCACUUCAAUCUACCACACAUAAAUGCCAAAGCACCAAAGGGACACGUGAACAUAUCAGGAGAAUUAGAAGGCCCUGGUCUCAGUGGAGAGCUGGAGACACCAGACCUGAAGAUUUCAGCCCCUGAUGUGGAAAUUAAAGCCCCUAAUGUAGAUUUGAAUGAUCCAAAUGCUGAUUUGGAAGCUCCAGAUGUUGACAUAGAGGCUCCUUCAGGCAAAUUCAAAUGGCUAACUCAAACAAAGCCCAAGUUUGGAUUAUCAGGAACAAAAGUGAAGGGACCUGACGUCGACAUAGAUGCUGGCCUGUCUGCAGCUGAUGUGAAUCCCUCCACUCUCAACAUUGAUGGAGAGAUAAGGGCAUCAGAUGUAGAUUUGAGUUCACCAAAAGCUGAGGUAGAUUUGCAAGUUCCAGAUAUCAACAUUGAGGCUCCCUCAAGUAAAUUCAAAUGGCCUAAUUUAAAGAAACACAAAUUUGGUCUUCAUUGGCCAAAAGUCAAACCUCCUGGUGUUAAGACCGACCUGGAGACACCACCCGUUGAUCUUUCUGCCUCAAAGUUUGAGGGUGAGAUGAGCACACCAAAUUUAGAAUUGAAUUUACCCAAAACAGACCUGAGUGGCCCUGAUGUUGACAUUCAUCCUCCCAUUGACAAAUUUAAGUUCCCGACACUCAAAAAGCCUAAGUUCAGGCUCUCUGGACCAAAGAUUAAAGCUCCAGACGUUGAUGCAGAUCUGAAGGUAUCUGACCUCAGUCUCUCUGUCCCUGAUGUUGAUGCAGGUCUUGACACGCCUGAUUUGGAUACUAAUUUGUCAAAAGCAGAUAUCAAAUGGCCUGAAGUAGACUUUAACGCACCAGAAGUGAACAUUGAGCCCCCUUCAGGGAAAUUCAAAUGGAUUACUCUAAAAAAGCCUAAAUUUGGACCCUCUGGACCCAAGGUUAAGGGACUCCAAGUCGACAUAGAUGCUGACCUGUCUGCACCUGACUUGAAUCACUCCACUCCAAACAUUGAUGGAGAAAUAAGCGCACCAGAUGUAUAUCUUAUUUUACACAAAGCUGACCUCAAUGCUCCAGAUGUUGACACUAAUGCUCCCUCUGGAAAAUUCCAGUUGUUCAACCUAAAGAAGCCUCAAUUUGGACUCCAUGGUCCAAAGGUGAAGGAGACAGAAAUGGUUCUGGAUGCUAAUCUGACUGUACCUGACAUGAGUCUCUCUACCCCUAAUAUUUACAGGGAUAUAAGUGCACCAGAUGUAGAUGUCAAUUUACCCACAGCUGACUUGAAAGGUCCCGAUGUAGAUCUUCAGGCACCAGAGGUCAACGUUGAGGCACCCUCUGGAAAACAUAGAUUUCCAACUUUUAAAAUGCCCAAAGUUAACUGGUCUGGACAUAAGGUGAAGAGACCAGACCUUGAUGUUGAUCUGAAGACACCAGAUUUGGACCUAUCAGCAAUUGAAGGUCACAUCGCUGUUCCAGAUCUCAAUGUCAGUUUGCCUGAAGCUGACCUCAAAGGACCAGAUGUAGAUCUUGAUGCUCCCUCUGGAAAAUUAAAGUUGCCGAAAAUAAAAUGGCCAAACAUAAUUCAAGUAAAAGGACCGGAACUUGAUGUAGAUGCUGAUUUUAACACCCCAGAAUUAGAUGUUGAUUUACCCGAAGCAUAUCUGAAAGGGACUGAAAUUGUUUUGAAAACAGCAGACCUCUUAGCAUCAGCAAUUGAAGGAGACAUCGCUGUUCCAGAUCUCAAAGUGAGUUUGCCUGAAAUUGACCUCAAAGGACAUGUUGUGGAUAUUCAAGUCUCAGAUGUCGACCUUGAUCCCUCUGGAAAAUUAAAGUUCACUCAAAUCAAACUGCCAAAUUUGGGUUUAACAGGGCCAAGAGUUAAAGGAUCAAACCUGGAUGCUAAUCUAAAGGCCCCAGAGUUGGACGUCUCGGUUCCUGAUCUGGAUGUCAAUUUGCCAACAGCUCAUCUCCAAGCUCCUGUAGUAGAGCUGAAAACACCAGACCUGAACCUUUCUGCCCCUCAAAUUGAGGGAGCCAUUGCUGCUCCAGAUUUGAGUAUCAGUUUCCCUGAAGCUGACAUCAAAGGUCCAGAGGUAGAUCUUCAAGCCCUAGAUGUUGACCGUAAUGCUCCCUCUGGAAAAUUCAAUUUUCCUAAAAUCAAACUGCCAAAUGUUGGUUUAACAGGGCCAAGAGAUAAAGGACCAAACCUGGAUGUUAAUCUAAAGGCCCCAGAGUUGGAUGCCUCUGUACCCGAUGUGUAUGUUGAUUUGUCAACAGCUGACCUCCAAGCCUGUGUUGUAGAGCUGAAAACACCUGAUCUUUCCACCCACAAAAUUGAGGGAGCCAUCGCUGCUCCCUGUCUUGAUAUUAAUUUGUCUGAAGUAGACCUUAAAGCCCCUGAUCUCAACAUUGAGGUUCCAAUAAUUGAGCUUAAGACACAAGAUUCAGGCAUAUCAGUUCCAAAGGUCGAUGUGAAUUUACCAAAAGCAGAUAUUCAAGGGACUGAUCUAGACCUGAAUGCACCUGACCUCAACUGCUCAGCUCCAAAAAUUGAGGGAGACAUUGCUGCUCCAGGUAUCAAUGUCAGUUUGCCUGAAGCUGCCCGAAAAGCCACUGAUGACCAGCUGCAAAUAUCAGAGCUGAACCUUUCUACCCUAAAGGUUGAAGGAGAUAUCUCUGCUCCAGAUUUAGAUAUCAGUUUGCCCAAAAUGCACCUUGAAGGACUAGAUGUAGAACGUCAAGCCCCAAAUGUUUACCUUAAUUUUGAUGUUGAUCCAACGACACCAGAUUUAGACAUCUCAGCUCUUGAGGUUGAUGUGCAUUUACCAAAAGUAGACCUUAAAGUUCAUGAUCUAGACCUGAAAACACCAGAGCCCAAUCUUUCAGCCUCCAAACUUGAGGGUGAAGUGAAUGCACCAGAGAUGGAUAUCAACGUACCCAAAGCUGACCUCAAAGGAUCUGAAGUAGAUCUAAAAGCUCCAGAUAUAGAUAAGGAUGCCGCUUCAGGCAAAUUCAAAUUCUCUUAUUUUAGGCACCCCUCAUUUGUUCUUUCAAAUCAUAAACUAGAGGAACCUAACUUUGACGUUGAUGCACCUGACAUAAAUAUUCUAGUUCCCACACUUGAGACUGGGCGUGUAGCCCCAAAGGUACCUCAAGCAGACAAAAAUCUAUCUGCUCCUAAUGUUGAAAGUGAUAUCAGUGCUCCAGAUGUAAAUCUAAGUUUACCAAAAGCUGACCUCUCCGGCCCGGAGGUGGAAUUGAAUGCUCCUGGUCUUAAUCUAUCUACUCCAGAGAUUGGAGUAAGUGUCCCAGACAUUGAUCUUAAAGUGCAGGGAGACAUUAAAAGCCCUGGGGUUGAGCUGAAAGCUCCAGAUGUUGACAUUGAGGCUCCCUCUGCAAAACUGUCUCAUUUUAAGAUGCCAAAGUUUGGUCUCUCAAGACCUAGAAUAAAGGUACCAGAACUUGAUACCAGUGCAGAUGUGAAUGCGCCUGAUGUGGAAGUUUCUGUCCCCAAAGUUGAGGGAGAGAUUAGUACACCUGAACUGAGUCUCUCUGCUCCUGACAUCAAAAUAGAUGACACUCACAAAAGUAAGUUAAAAUGGCAAUUAAAGUGGCCAAGGUUUAGAUUCUCUGUCUCAAAAGGUAAAGAUUCUGACAUGGAUAAUGAGGAAGAGCAGAGUAUGGAUGAAACAGAGAGUGGUCAGGUAGAAGUACCAAUGUUUAACUUUCACAGACUUCCAAAGAACAACAAGAUUGAGAGUGCGCUCAAAGAUGCUGCGGAGGCCCUUUUUGAGGCCAUUGACACACCAAAGCUUGAAGGAAGCCUUGAUACAGCUAGUACAGAGGUCAGUUUGUCUAAAGUGAAUGUAUCUUUGACUGAAGGAGGGAAAGAGACAUCACCUUCAGGACCUAUUAACAUCAUGGAGCGGUUGAAGUUGUUCAAAGCAAAAAUCACCUCAGAUGCACUAGACUCAUCGGAUGAAAACAACAGGAUAUCAAUAAGCCUCUCCAAUAUGCUUGGUCUAAAUAUCACAAAUCCCGAUGCAGAUUAUUCUUGGUUUCCAGCCAUGUGAACCUUACACUUGGGACAAACCAACAUGAAUGCAACUUUUUUGUAAAUAAGCACCAUUCCAUUUGUGCAUGAGUUGACUCCAUGUUGAGGAUGUGAUUUGUUUCUAUGUAGAAAACAUAAACAUGUCAUUAUUUUUUUAUGUAGAUUUGUCUCAGAUAUCUCUUUGUAUUCAUCUAUAUGCUACAUCUAUAUUUAAACAGUUGACAUCAAAAUGAAGGAAAAUGUGCUCAUUAGCUCUAUGUGUACUCAAACUUAUUUAAAUUAUGGUACUAUUUCCCAACUUCUGUUCACUUGGAAGUAUACUCAUUUUUACAAAUGCCUCAAUAUUGUAUCUGUCACAAUUCAGACCUAUUUCACCCACAAAUGGGACACAAUCUUUAUGGAAGAUGUCAUCUUUACAUUUUAAGCAAAAACAAUAGUUGAAAAGUGAAAUGUAAUGAAACUUUUCAUGAGAUGUUUUUUCCAAUAAACUAUUAUAUUAAAUUAAUA